AUGCACAUACUGUUCCCCCCCUUUCCCUUUUUUGUUCCAUCAAUGAAUAUAUUUUGCCUGGUAGGCGUUGUUUUUCCACGUUCACUUUUGUUUUACCAUUAUUUCUUGAGAGAGAAGCAGAGUGUGUGUGUGUGCGUGUGUGUAGCGUACAAGCAAUGGAGAGAGAAAAAGAGAGGGAGUGAAGUGUUUAAAAAGUACCUUGGCAGCCGUUUGAUGUGA